AUGACGCAAGAGAAGCCACCGCAGCCAUCGCAAUCUCAAGAGGAGACUCCUCCCAACGUGGAUCCAAAAGAGUUCUAUGGGUAUUUGUUUGAUGAGAAUAAGAGUCCGACGCCAGUGCUAAAUGCGCUAUUGAGGGGUAUCGCAAAUUAUAUUAUAGAAAAUGUUGGAAGUAAAGAAGAUCAAUUCUUAACGCCAGAAAAGUUGGCACUUUUCUAUAAAGCUGUUGGUGGGAAUUACGAUUCUCUUUUUGUGGAGACUACACAUCCCUCGAUAUCUUGGAUUUAUGCCUCGAUAGGCUGUCAACAUACUCUGAACCCUACGAAAGAUGAUUUUGCGCCUCCUUCAAUACCAUGUCUCACUGUCCGAGGAUUUGUGCGAUGGCAAUCGAUAGAAAUACUUUUGGGGCCCGAGGAACAUGUAUCUUUUAUCCAAACCGCAGUACGAGAUUUUGAAAUCAAACACCCAACUACAGGAGAGAGAUUUCCAGUAGAUUUACCGAAAGAAGCGUUCCCAUUGGUACCGGACGCGGAGAUAGAAAAAUGGCAUAGAAGCUGUGCAGAGAAAUUACGUCAACGAGCAACUCCAGAUGAGGCACCAGAAGAAGUAACAGAAGAAGUACCAGAUCAACAAGAGGAUGUUCCCACGCCAGACCUCCCGCCUAGACCUAAAGUACAAGCAACAUACGUUCACGUCCGACCUUCCCCCAGAAUCCCGGAUCAUACACCAACUAAUGGCGGUAACUCUCGCACCGGUUAUUUCGAAACUUCUACUCGUGAGCCGCCCAUUCGUGAAUCCUCUUCUCGUGAACCUUCUGCCCGCGAACCUUCUGCCCGCGAACCUUCUGCCCGCGAACCUUCUGCCCGCGAACCUUCUGCCUAUGAAAGUUCCGCUCGUGAACCUUCAACUCGUGACUCUACUACCCAUCGGGCCGGGCGACCUAUACCUUAUUCACACGUUUCCGCAUCUCGUCCUCAACGACCACCUCUCAAUCGAUCACCAACUCAUCGAGUUCGUCAGUUUCUCGCUCCAGAGGAACCAUACUCAACCCGCAUACCUCGAGGACGUCAUCGCAGUUUUCCCAAUUUAAGCUCGCCCUCUUCAGAAGAUGGGCCCGUCCACGCUCACGCAUCCGCCUCGGAUCCUCACCAUCCACAUCAUAAUGUCCCGGUACCCGAUCCUCCACGUCCCGCUCAUCGGAGACAUAGUCAUCCUCGGCGAUCCCGGCAUGCACCGAUCGUCUCAGACUCCUCGGAUUCUUCCAGCAUUACUAGUGUGACAUCGGAUUCUGAAGAUGAUACGUCCCCUAAAACUCGUACUAACCCAUUAAAUUCAUCUACAAGCGCACGGGCAAUACCGAGACGCCCGCGAAGUACUUAUAUACCACGAAAUUCUGGCCCGGAGAGUCCUCGGGCUUUUGCAUUCUCGUCCACAGCACCAGGUAGUACGAUGCCGUCCCCUAUUUCAGAUGCUAGGGAAAGGGAGAGAGAAAGGGACAGGCAGAGAGACAUUGAGGAUAAAUUUAGACGGGGUCACUAUCCCACUAAUAUUGAUUUGAAUGGAAAUUUGAGCGCGCCAUUUUUGGCGGGGAGGAGGCACAGGGAGGCGGAAAGGGCAAUGAUUGAGGUAGAGGUGGAGAGAGACAUGGAAAGGGAGAGGGAUAGAGGGAGAGAAAAGGGGAGAAGUGAUAGUAGGGGGGUUAAAUGGAGGGAUUUGAGGAAUAUUCCUGAGAUGUGGAGAAAUGGGGGAAGGAGGGGUGAUGGAGUUAGUCAUCAUGUCAGUGGAGGUAGUGGUGGAGAAAGUGGAAGGGAGAGUGGAGAGGGCAGAGGGAGUAGGAGACAUAGUAGUCGAGAAGAUAGGGGAGAUAGGGAAAGAGAGAGAGAUCGUGAUAGAGAACGAGAAAGGGAGAGGGAGAGGGAGAGGGAGAGGGAGAGAGAGAGAGAUAGAGAUCGAGAUGAGAGGGAUCGAGAAAGAGAUUACAAAAGGAUGGAAAGUUCCAGGGUACAUUCGAGACAUAGUAGUCAUGAAGACAUUCCAACCAGGAGAAUCAGAACGGAAAGAGGAGAUAGAGAAAGAGAUGAUGAGUAUGAAGGAAGGAGUUUUAGGGAAAGGGAUAGAGAAAGGAGGGAAAGGGGUAUAAGUCCUGUAAGAGGGGUUGAUGGAAGGAAAUAUCCUGAAUGGAGGUGA